CAAGUUGCCCCUUUUUUUUAGCUAAAGUAAAUAUAUUUUUUUUAAUAUUUGCUUCUAUUUUUGUUCCUCUCUUAUCAUAUUCCUUCAUUUUUCUUUUCUGUUUUUAAUUUUCUCCUUCUCUCAUUUGUUCGGAAAUCUCCGACCCGCCGCUCUCACUCAGUUCGAUCCCGGAAAUUAUGAGUGAUCACCUGGUGUUAUAUGUGGAUCGUCUUGUGAGGCCGGUUCCGGCGCGUCCAGUUGAAUCGGGGGCUGGUCCCUCGACGGAGGAAAAGGAGAAAGUGAAGGAUAAGGAGGUUUUCCAAGGAAGCAAUGAGGAGGACCCGCUUAUUCAGGUGGCGGAGUGCCGCAUCUGUCAGGAGGAAGAUUCCAUUAAGAAUCUCGAGACUCCGUGUGCCUGCAAUGGCAGCCUCAAGUAUGCGCAUAGGAAGUGCGUGCAGCAUUGGUGCAACGAGAAAGGAGAUAUAAUCUGCGAGAUAUGUCAUCAGUCUUAUCAACCUGAUUAUACUGCUCCACCUCGCCCCCCAACGGACGAAACAGCUAUCGAUAUUGGUGGAGGCUGGACAAUCUCUGGCACCCCUUUGGAUUUGCGUGAUCCUCGCCUUUUGGCCAUUGCAGAGGCAGAACGCCAGUUUUUGGAAACUGGGUAUGACGAAUAUGCUGCAUCAAAUGCCACUGGAGCUGCAUUUUGCCGUUCAGCUGCUGUAAUUUUAAUGGCACUUCUGCUAUUGCGGCACGCAGUGACUGUUCCAGAUGCCGAUUCAGAUGAUGAUGUCUCUUCUUUCUUCUCUUUUUUCUUGCUUCGAGCUGCUGGGUUUCUCUUGCCAUGCUACAUCAUGGCUUGGGCCAUCAGUAUAUUACAGCAACGAAGGCAAAGACAGGAAGCAGCAGCGUUGGCUGCCACCCAAGUUGCUUUUGUACUACAAUCUGGGCAAAGUAGGGGUAUGCAUUUCGCAAUAGCAUCAGGACCUGCAGUGACACCCCACCCGGAAAAUGUUUAAACUUAAGGAGGCAUAUGAAGUCCUGCACUGACAUUACAUUACGUUACAUUGGUAGUUUACGAGCAAAUGAGGACAGUUCCCCCUUUAAAUAAACUUGUAAAAGCCUCUCUCAUUUUUUUUUUUCUGUUAUCUCCAAAUAGAUUGUUGAGAAUGAUUUGGAGCUUUACUAAUUCUGUUUUAAUUGUUAUGAAUUUGGGUUCAUAUUUCAUCGUCUUCUAAAACAUUGAUGUGUAUUCCCGCAGUGCUUCAGCUUGAGCCAUCGAUGGGCCUUGUGCAGAGGUGACCGAAACCUGUUCGGAGAAAUUGAAAUCCGAUCUGGUUUCAUCCGUGGGUGUGGUGAUGUGCACAGAUGGGUUAACUACACCGAGCAUUUUUGGUCUGUGGGUCAAAUUUUAUGAUGAUUUUUAAAUUUCAAAACGUUUUAAUCACGACAUUUACUCGGAAAAAAAAAAUGUCCAAUACCAAUGAAUUCCAGUUCAUAAGCGCUCGAUCUUAUAGCACUUAUCAGUGAGGCCCCACUGCUAAUACAAUUAGAUUUCCUCUUCAUAGGCUUGGGAUUGGUUUAGGAUUACGAGCUCCUUUUCUCUUUCAAACUUAGAAGAAAAAGAAAGAAUCACUCAAUUGGAUGACAACCACAAUAUAACCUAUUAAACAUUCUUUUUCCCUUUCUAGAUUAGUCUAAUUUUAGUAUUUUAUCUGUUUGAAAUUUUCUUACAAGUUCAUUGUCUUGAUUCUAUAUAAAAUACUUUGUUGUCAUUCUUAUUAUACUACAAA